CAGUCAAGUCGCCUCCCUCUCCUGCUGCUCCCCUCUCCUCCCCACACCCAUCUCACACCCCGCGCCCGCGCACACCGCAGCGGCCGCGCGAGAUCGCGAGGAGGCCAUGGCCAAGGCCAAGCCUUCCUCCUCGGCCGCCGCCGCCAAGCCGGCCGCGGCCACGGCGCCGGCCACGGUGCACUCGGCGCUGGUCACCUACAGCUCCAUGCUCGCGCUCCUCUCCCUCUGCCCGCCCUUCGUCAUCCUCCUGUGGUACACGAUGGUGCACGCGGACGGAUCGGUGGUGAAGACCUACGAGCACCUCCGGGAGCACGGCCUGGUGGAGGGGCUCAAGGCCAUCUGGCCCAUGCCCACCGUCGUCGCGUGGAAGAUCAUCUUUGGCUUCGGGCUCUUCGAGGCCGUCCUGCAGCUGCUGCUCCCCGGGAAGCGGUUCGAGGGCCCGAUCUCCCCCACGGGGAACGUGCCAGUCUACAAGGCAAAUGGCUUGCAAGCAUAUGCAGUGACCUUGAUAACUUACCUUGGUUUGUGGUGGUUUGGAAUAUUUAACCCUGCAAUAGUAUAUGACCACUUGGGGGAGAUAUUCUCUGCUCUUGUUUUUGGAAGCUUUGUAUUCUGUAUUUUUCUGUACAUAAAGGGUCAUGUAGCUCCAUCUUCAUCUGACUCUGGAUCAUCAGGGAAUCUGAUAAUUGACUUCUACUGGGGUAUGGAACUGUACCCUCGGAUUGGCAAGUACUUUGACAUCAAAGUCUUUACAAACUGUCGUUUUGGCAUGAUGUCCUGGGCUGUUCUUGCUGUAACCUACUGCAUAAAGCAGUAUGAAAUGAAUGGCAGAGUUGCAGAUUCUAUGCUUGUGAAUACUGCACUGAUGUUGAUCUAUAUCACUAAAUUCUUUUGGUGGGAAUCUGGAUAUUGGUGUACCAUGGACAUUGCUCAUGAUAGAGCUGGUUUCUAUAUUUGCUGGGGAUGCUUGGUUUGGGUUCCAUCCAUAUACACCUCUCCUGGAAUGUACCUUGUAAACCACCCUGUGAAUUUGGGUCCCCAGCUAGCACUCUCAAUUCUUCUUGCUGGAAUUUUGUGCAUAUACAUAAACUAUGAUUGUGACCGCCAGCGCCAAGAAUUUCGACGGACGAAUGGGAAAUGCUCAGUCUGGGGCAAGGCUCCAUCCAAGAUUGUUGCCUCAUAUCAGACUACAAAGGGUGAAACUAAAACCAGUCUUCUCUUGACUUCUGGAUGGUGGGGCUUGUCACGUCACUUCCACUACGUCCCAGAGAUACUAUCUGCAUUUUUCUGGACUGUUCCUGCUCUUUUCAGUCAUUUCCUACCAUACUUCUACGUGAUCUUUCUUACAAUAUUAUUGUUUGACCGAGCAAAGAGGGAUGAUGAUCGUUGCUCAUCAAAGUAUGGGAAGUUCUGGAAGAUGUACUGCAACAAAGUACCUUACAGGGUCAUCCCUGGCAUUUACUGAGCAUCUAAGAUGCUACAACUCUCUUUAGCUCAGCAGAUGCUUCCAGUCUUCACCUUGAUCUGCUACAGCUUGUGUAACUUCGAUGCCAUUAGCUUCCCUUGUAUGCAGUAUUAGAUUUAGGCAGCUUGGCAUCUACCUUGAAUGUGAUGUACUCAGACUGGAACAGCUGUUGUUUGUUUCGCGGUUCCUAGUACGGGAGGAAUUAAAGUGCAGGACAAUCUGCCUUGUCAGGGGUACUUUUCGCUUAGAGUCACAAGGCAGCACAACAAUAAGGCACCAUACAAUAAUGUAACUAUAGUUGCUACGGUCCCAAUAUUUUACCUUUGCCAAAACAUUUUGUGCAUGAUGAUAUUUUGUAUGGGUUUCUAAUACCUUGUAUGCUGUUGCUGUUUGCUUCUUAGUUUAAUUCAAAUUUGAGUUCC